UCCCAGCCCCGCGCCGUGCUCGCCGGGCUCCCCGCGCCAUGGGCAGGUCUCUGCUGGACCCCGCGCUCCGAAGCGCGGCUCGGAGCAUCUGACCGCCCUCCAUCCUCCGCUUCCCGCCGGGUCCAGCUUCUGUCCAGAGUGCCUGUCUGUCUCUGUGUCUGGCCUGGCGCGCAACUUCGGGCCAUCGGCUUGGAUGGACGCGCCGAGGCUGCCCCGGCGUCCAGGGGUCUUGCUUCCGAAGUUGGUCCUGCUGUUAGUCUGCGCAGAUGAUUGCCUUGCCCAGUGUGGCAAAGACUGCAGAUCUUACUGCUGUGAUGGAAACACACCUUACUGCUGUUCCUACUAUGCCUAUAUUGGGAAUAUCCUCUCGGGCACUGCCAUUGCGGGCAUCGUGUUUGGAAUCGUGUUCAUCAUGGGUGUCAUUGCUGGAAUAGCCAUCUGCAUCUGCAUGUGCAUGAAGAACAACAGGGGCACCCGGGUCGGCGUGAUCCGAGCAACCCCAAUCCACACCAUCUCCUCCUACCCAGUGGCACCGCCCCCCUACAGUUAUGACCACGAGAUGGAACGCUGCCCCGACUUGCCUCCACCAUACUCCCCCACCCCACAAGCAUCAGCGCAGCGUUCUCCACCACCUCCUUAUCCUGGAAAUUCAAGGAAAUAAUACACCAGCCAAGGCAGAAGAUGCACCAAUCAGUGAUUUUGCUCAGAAAAAAGAAAGAAAAAAAAAAAGCCUCAACUUAGAAACAAAAGGGCAAGAAUCCUUCUAACACGGGUUUGGAUCAGGUGGUAUUUAAGGCAGAAUGCCCCUGGAAAGGAAGUGUGGAGUUUCUUGCCCAGAGCCAGCGGUGUGGAGUAUUCUUAGCCCUAUGGAACCACAUCAUAAGAGCUGACUAAUCCACUCAAGCACAUUCAGAGAAAAGUAAUGAGUUGACAGCCCAUCUGAAAAUCAUGUCAGGACUAGUUGAAGGGAAUUUCAAUAUUAUCUUGGAAAAGAGAAGAUUGAAGAAUGACUGGAGAAGGUCCUGGCUGACAUACAGAUGCGGCUUUACUCCACAUAGCUUUGAAGUCAAACUAGAAUUGGUCAUGACCUCAUACAUCAAUAAAUGCAUAUAAAGUGCCUGGGAGCCUACUGCGUACCUAGCCUUGCUACAGGCACUGGAAGGAAGCAGCAAGAAGAGAACUGUGGCAUCAGUACCAGCAUACCUCAUUUGAUCGCACUUUUCUUUCUUGCACUUUGCAGAGACUGCUGGGUUUUUUUUUGUUUGUUUGUUUUUGGUUUUGGUUUUUCUUUUAAAUUACAAUUGGAAGAUUGUAGCAAGGGUAUGUAUCUGUGCUGGUUUUCCAACAGCAUAUGCUCACUUCAGAUACUAGUAAUUCUCACAAUAUUUCAAGCUGUCUCAGUAUUAUUAUGUGUGAUCUGUGGUCUUUGAUGUUGCUGUAGUAGUUAUUUCAGGAUGCCAUGAAUCCUGCCAUAUAUGAUGGUAUGCUUAGUAGACUGAUAUGUGUAUUGUCUGUAUUCUGAUGCUCCACUGACUAGCCUUCCAAUUGUGCCCACCCUUUCCUUGAGCAUCUCUCUUCUCUGAGUUAUAAUAUUAAAAGUAGGCCAGUUAAUAACCUUCCAGUGACCACCAAGUAGUCAAAUGAAAGGAAGAGUGUCAUAUCUCUCACUUCAAAUCAAAAGCUGGAAAUGAAUAAUGUUAGUGAGGAAAGCAUUCCAAGGGCCCAGCUAGGCUGAAAUGACGGCAUCUUGCACCAAACAAUAAGCCACAUUCAAGUAAACAUGGAGAAUUCUUGAAGGAAACUGAAAGCACACCUCUAGUGAACACACGAAUGAUGAGAAAGAGAAGCUGUCUCACUCAUUUCUUAUGUGGAAGAAGAUCAAACCAGUCACAUUCCCUUAAGCCAAAAGAUCAGGGCAAGGCUCUGACCUUCUUUAGUUCUACAAAGGACACUUGAAAAGACAUGACAUGUCUGAAGGUGGUAGAGGUAGGUUUAAGAGAACGAGGAGAAAAGCCAUCACUGUAACACAGAUGUGCAAGGUGAGGCAACUGCUGCUGUAGAAACUGUAACCAGUUAUCUAGAUCCCAUUAGGACCAUCAAGGAAGGUGCUUCACUCAUCAACAGAGGCUCAGUGCAAAGGAGGUACCCUUCUGCAGAAAGAAGAUGUUAUGUGGAACUUUUCAUAGCUAUACAGAAAAAGUGAUUCCAGCUUCAAAGUUUCAAAAGACCAAUUCUUCUCUUGCCCAUGUCUUUAAGUUAAAGCUAGUGAUCAAUGCUCACCAUUCAAACUCCCUAAUGCCAGCUGGGCAUGGUGGUGCACAACUUUAAGCCCAGCACUCAGGAGGCAGAGGUAGGAGGAUCGCCGUGAGUUUGAGGUCACCCUGAGACUACAGAGUGAACUCCAGGUUAGCCUACGCUAGAGUGAGACCCUACCUCAAAAUCAAACAACAACAAAAAAAUCCCUAAUGCCCUUAAUCAUACUAAAUGUACUCUGCCCAUGCUCUGUAAAUGGAAUAACAAUGCUUGUUAAUAACAUAGUUUACUGAGUAUUUUAAGCCACACAUUGAGACUAAUGUUCAGUAAAAUAAUUCCUUUCAAAAUAUUACUACUUGCUGACAGUGUAACCACAUGCUCUGAUGGUGAUGUAGAAGGAGAGUGAGGAAUUUACCUACCUGUUAGUUAAAAAUCUACUCUGUAUCCCACACAUUAAGGGUAACUUCAACUUUCACAUCUUACUAUUUAAAAGAAUUCAUUUCAUAAAACUGUAGCUUCCACAGAAAUUGAUACUUCUGGGGGAAUCUAAACAAAAUAAAUUGAAAACUUCUGGGGAAAGCAUCACUAAUUUUGAUCCAUUAGCAUCACUCAUGAUUCAUGAGAAGAUGUUGGAAUAUAAAUAUUAACAGGAGUUAAUUUCUACCUUCAUGCAUAGCAUUCACAGAUCCAGGACUUCAGCAGAGGAAGCGCCUGAAGAGGUGGAGAGGCAGCCAGAGAGUUAAGGCUGGAACUUGAAGACGUAACUCAGUUAGUGCGAUCUCAUGAUAACCUGCAGAAUGAGCUUCUUGCAGGUGAGAAUCUGGAGGUGGAAUCUACUCCUGGCUCAGGUGCCCUGAGCAUUGUUGAGACAAACAGUGGUGGGGUGUGAGAUGACCAACUGCAAUUUAGAAAGGCAAUUGACUGUAGAUUAAAAGCCACCACACAGCAGUAUAUGCUACAGAGAGAUCACCCACGUAUGGACGAGUCAAUCCAUCUUCACUGUCACCCAACUCAUCAGCCAGCAGCCCCCAACUUCCUGCCAAAGAAAAAAGACUGUGACUUGAAAAAAACUCAGAUGGUCAUUAACAUUUUUUUUUAUCAAUAAAGGAUUUAAUUAUACACAUUCUAUAUAUUAUUAUAUGCAUUGUUUUGUAGCUCAAAUAGGCUACCAUAUAGGAUAAACAUAACUUUAACAUGCACUGGGAAAAAAAUCAUAUGAUUCUAUUAUGAAAUUUGCUUUAUAAGAAAGAGAAAGCAGCCUUAUAUCCCAAUACACUCUCACUGCUGUGAACACAUCCCCAACUAGAAGCAGCUUCUGGAAGGAAACUAGUUUAAUUAACUUCAGUUUUCAAGGGGAACUCUUGCCAUGACAGGGAGGACAUGGCAGGCUGGAGCAGGAGCUCACCGGCGUCAGGAAGCCAGGAGCAGACUCAAUAGAGAGGAGGACUGGGCUGUAACACCUCAAGACCCAGCCGCCAGAGACCCACUUCCUCCAGCAAGCCCCCGCCCUUCCUAAAGGUUCCACAAUUUACCCAAACAGCUGGGGCCUAAGCAUCCACAUACAGGAGUGUGUGAAGGCAGAUCAGCUUGUAGGUGCCAUAAUCCUCAUGGCUACAUGGAGGAAGCAUGAGCCAUAUGUAUGAACUCUCCAAUCAGCAAUAUCUUCAAGGUCUACCAUACAAACAACAUGUGGCUUUACUGUUCAGUAUGUUACCUUACAAACUCCCUGUUAUCUAGAAUUCAAACAAAAUCUGGCUUCUCAGAUAAGGAACUUCUAGAAAGAAUAUAUAAGUCAAAUGACUUAUGAGUCUGUUGACCCCAAAAGUUCCAGUCAUGUUUUAAGAGGUGCAACAUGAACUUCUUUGAGUUCAGGCGCAAAGCAAACAAUCAUAAUUGAUUUGAUUGUUAAAGCAACAUCAAACGGGUGCUAUGGGUUCUAAAAACAAAGAUCUUUUCAAUGAUAACUACUGUCCCUGCAAAAACGCUUCUGGUUUCAGUCAGUGGACUAUGAAAAAGAUUGUUCUAACUGUUGUAGGGUAGUUUUUUUAAUCAAGCAACACAAGCAAGAGAUACAUCUUUUUACAUAAUAAAAGAUGGCAAGUCAAAUUCCUAUGAAUUGUAUAGCAGAUAGCACAGGCUCAGAACUUGACUAAGGAAAUAAACAGCAGACUUACAAAAAGGGAAAAACAAAAUUUCAAGUCUGUGAAAUUCCAACUCAAAUGUAACUGAGACAAACUUUUGUUUCUGCUUUAUGAAAAUUUUAUAAUCUAUUCUCUUCUACAAGUUAAUGUCAAAGAUAAAAAGAUACUGGAAUCACAUUGGCGCCUUUUACCAAAGUGAAAAUUUUAUGAAGUGCCUACCUUUAAGUGUAAAAGCAUUUAAUAAAUAAUUCAAAUGUGUUGUAUUUUGCUGAAGUGA